CAUGACCACGCUGAGGAAGCAGCGUGAAGCCUCAGUCCUGCCAUUACUCAAGAUGGCUGCCCCCAUCAAGAUGACCGGGGUGUGCCGGGGGAAAAGGGGCAGCAUGAUAGUCUGAGACGGUAAGGACUAUUGCUUCAUUGCCAGUCUCGCGUUGGGGUCUAGGAAUGAAGAACAGGAAGACUGGGAAGCUGGGUGAGGUCUAGCAUCGGACCAUGUGGAAGUUUCUGGGACUGGGGAGUCGGAUAAUGGGGGGUGGGACCCGUGCGGGGUAGAGGGAGCAAUAGCGUCCUUUCUCAGGCUAACCCUGGCCCCUCCCCUGUUCUCUGGACUGAAAUGGGGAACACCCUGGGCCUGGCACCGAUGGGGGCUUUGCCCCGCCGGAGCCCCCGUCGAGAGGAGCCUCUGCCCAACCCUGGGAGCUUCGAUGAGCUGCACCGGCUAUGCAAAGAUGUGUUCCCAGCACAGAUGGAGGGAGUGAAGCUCGUUGUCAACAAGGUUCUGAGCAGCCAUUUCCAGGUGGCUCACACCGUGCACAUGAGUGCCCUGGGCUUGCCGGGGUAUCACCUCCAUGCGGCCUAUGCAGGAGACUGGCAACUUAGCCCCGCCGAGGUGUUCCCCACUGUGGUAGGGGAUAUGGACAGCAGUGGCAGCCUCAACGCCCAGGUCCUGCUCCUCUUGGCAGAGCGGCUCCGAGCCAAGGCGGUCUUCCAGACGCAGCAAGCCAAGUUCCUGACGUGGCAGUUUGAUGGCGAGUACCGAGGAGAUGACUACACAGCCACUCUGACCCUAGGGAAUCCUGACCUGAUUGGGGAAUCGGUGAUCAUGGUGGCUCACUUCCUGCAGAGCCUCACCCAUCGGCUGGUGCUGGGAGGAGAGCUAGUUUAUCACCGGCGGCCAGGCGAGGAGGGCGCCAUCCUGACACUGGCUGGAAAGUACUCGGCGGUGCACUGGGUAGCCACACUGAAUGUGGGGUCAGGUGGGGCCCAUGCAAGCUAUUACCACAGGGCAAACGAACAGGUCCAGGUUGGAGUGGAAUUUGAGGCUAACACAAGGCUACAAGACACAACCUUCUCCUUCGGUUACCACCUGACUCUGCCCCAGGCCAACAUGGUGUUUAGAGGCUUGGUGGACAGUAACUGGUGUGUGGGUGCUGUGCUGGAGAAGAAGAUGCCCCCCUUGCCCGUCACCCUGGCCCUCGGAGCCUUCCUCAAUCACUGGCGCAACAGAUUCCACUGUGGCUUCAGCAUCACUGUGGGCUGAGGUGCCCCCAGGGCCCGCCCCUCACAGACGCUGGAACCUCCGAGGCAGGUGCCCUAGGGCCAGAGACUAGGCCCCCUCUCCAGAGCGCACCUUGCCGGGUGACCUCUGGGUCCCAGGAGUAGAGCGGGGGAUGGGACCGUGCCCUCCUCAGAACUGGAGCCGCCACGGGCAGCUGCUGGGGCCGUGGUGUGUGGCCCCCACCUCUGCCACUGGCUCCAGGGUUGUCUUCCCAUGCUCUUGUGGCUCUGGACUAAGGGAGAAGGAUUAAGGGGUGUGUCUGGCUGACUUUUCUCCCCUCACAUCCCCCUUCUUCAUUUUCCUAUCAAUUAAAGCUCCUAGCUUCUUCCUCUUCAGAGCAGAACAGGCUGCAUGGGAUUAGCUCCCUGUCCUGUUUUCCAUCCCCAAGUCUAGGGCUGGGAGAGAAGUGCUGAAGGGCUACAUCUUUGACCUCAGAAAGUGCCCCCCCAAUUCCCAGAAGGAGCUUCUUUACCUCUUAGCCCUGAGGCUUCCUCCUUCCCAUCUUCCGUGCUCCCAGAGAAUAGCUCUGUCCCUGUGGUCAUCCCCCACCAACCCCAAGACUGCAUGAAGAGGUAGUUACUGCUUUAGUCUUUCAUUGCAACCACUGGGCUCCCUCCCUACUGGUCCCAACCUCUGGCCCCAGCAUUUUCCCCUUUCCAGUCCAACGUGUCCAGAUGGGCUGUGGAAGGAGGCAAGUGGGGUCCUCAGCUGCAGAUCUCCUGGAGCAGCGGCAUCAUGGCGGACAGGCCCUGGAUGUGCUGGAUUUGGUACCCAUAUGCGUUGUUAAUGCUGCGGAGCUCAGCCAACAGGCCCAGCAGCUUCGCGUACAGAAACCUUUGGAGGAGGUAGUGGGGUCACCAGGGAAAGAGGAAAAUAAGGUAGCUGAGAGUCUUGUCUUGAAGUCCUGCUCCCUGGAACUUUCCCUCAGUGAAGCUAGGUCUGAACACUACAGAAAAUCAUGCUCUGGUAUGACAAAUCAGCAAAAAUUCCCAAGGUCCCCGAGGUCUCCUCUCACCAUGCCCUUCUUGAAUCCAGAGGUCUCAGGGCCAAGUGUGAAGAAAGCCCCAGACGUGGUCAAAACUGCAGCUCUGUGGAAUCUAUGGAUCUGGCCUUCUAGAGCAGGUUCUAGAAGGUGAGUGUGUUCUGUGGUCUAAAGCGUCCCUCUUCUGGCCAAACUGGCUCGUUGAGGAACACGUGAGAACACGCGGAGCCUACCUCAGAGCCUGGAUGGAGCUUGGACGGCUGAGCCAGAGCCUGGCUUUGCCCAGGAAUCUGAAUGACCAUGAUAACUUCAAGGCGGGGAUGAAAAAUUAAAGGAAGGGGCCCAUGGAGAGGAAGGGGAGGGCCAAGGAAAGAGCGAACGAGAAUCCUGGAAGGCUGCUUUUAGCCUGGAGUGGACGGGUAAGGUGAUGGGUGUCAUCAGUCUCAGGAAUGCUAUCAUACAGAGCCUGCGAGCUAUGACUUUGCAUCUCUACUGAAUAAAAAAAAAAAAAAAUCUGGAAAAAAUCAGAUGAAACAGCA